UGUGUGUGUGUGUUGGUGCAGGCAUAUUUUUGUGUACAAGCACUGAUCCUUUUAUCUGCAUAGCUGUGCAUGCCAUGCGCCCUUUGUGCACACAUUUCUGCCAUACAGCAUACUGCAUGAAUGUGUACAACAUGUGCCCUUCCCCUCUGCCCUUGGUGGCAUCCUGUCACACACGCAACUCACCGCAUUGGAGUCACACAGCUCUCCUAUCGGAGCUCAAAGCACACAUAACACACACAGAUGCGGUGUGAGUGUGCUAUUUUAAGUGUAUUGCCAAGAACAACCAGUCGCCACCUAUCCUUAGAAACGGAGAGAAGACUAAUUACCAUGGAGGAGACGCAGACAAGAGGGACGCCAAUUACAGACGGGAACAGGCCCAGCCCAGCUGAGGCCCUAGAAUUGCAAGUCUCUCCAAAUGAGUUAAUGACUAGGGAUGUGCGCCCCAUCUCUGUUUUGAAUUGUGCAAAGUGAAACACACAAUUGUAGGGCUUUUUUUUAAUGCAUUGCAGUUCUUCGCUCCAGCUCUCUGUGGUGUUUGUGAAAUCGGCGCCGGCGGACAACAAUGGUCAAGGGUUAGGGUUAGGGUUAUUUGCGGUGUGGUGGUUUUGGUGAUGCUGUGGAAAGGCCAUGGCGUGGAGUGGCGUGGAGAGUCAUCUGUUUCCAGCAGGUCUGGAGUGGGGAAGGCCCCUCGGUGUCAAGGCCAGGUGGGGCUGUGUUUGUGUGUACAUAUCGGCUCAGGGUAACUCUCGUGGUGCUCCUGUGUGUGUCCGUGCUCACAUUUUGGAUUGUGAAGUGUCGGAGCAUCUGUUAUUUUUGGCUUUGGCAAUCAUUUCCAGAUUUGCACUCAGUCUAGCGUCGGCGGUUGCCAUGGGACUUCGCUUCCACCCUGUAUUACAGUUUAUCCGAUAUAUGGGAUUCACUCUUGGUGUUGGCUGGUGUUAGAAGACGGUGUUGCGGCUACAGCUCAUCUUGAGAAGCAGUUGCUCCAUGUCUACCAGCUGAUGUAAUAUUGUUUUAGAUAUUGCAACAGGGAAAUACCACGAAGGUAUCAUAAAAAGGACAAAUAGGAUACAAGGGUUAUUUACCGUGUUUGCUUUGCAUAAAAGGGCUGCGUCCAGGGUCACUGUGCCGGCCAUAUUGAAUAUUUCACUCACUCCGAUUUCACAUUGGACCUGUUACUUCUAAGUGAUUGGAUUGAACAACGCGGGAAAGAAAGCGAUCGGGCCCAGGUCGUGACCUGCGUGGAGCGGCUCCUGCCACCGUAAAGCCCCAGCGAUCCCUCCCAGGGACUCCGGUUUCCGGCAAGCAGCCUCCAAUUGACCUCCGCACCUCCAUGGACGGGAAGUACAAGGAGAUCGCCGAGGAGCUGUUCACGCGAAGCCUGGCCGAGAGCGAGAUGCGCAGCGCUCCCUACGAGUUCCCCGAGGACAGCCCCAUCGAGCAGCUGGAGGAACGCCGCCACCGCCUAGAGAGGCAGAUCAGCCAGGACAUCAAGCUUGAGCCAGAGAUAUUGUUACGUGCCAAGCAGGACUUCAUGAAAAUUGACAGCGCCACAGACCUGGAGUUCAUGGGCGAGCGAGGCAUCGACGCAGUGGACGAUGGAUUCAGGGCGCGGGCGCUGCCCCUGGAGAGAGAGUACCAGAGAGUCUCCAUAUCAGGGGAGGAGAAGUGUGGGGUGCCGUUCAUCGACCUGGUGGACGCCGCCAAGUGCGUGGUGAAGGCCCUGUUCAUCCGGGAGAAGUACAUCAGCCUCUCCAUGCAGAACUUCUGCAAGACCACCGCCUGCUCCCUGCAGGAGCUGGGGGAGACCCCGCUGGACCUGCGGGUGUACGAGGAGAUCCCCGAGACCCCCGUGGACGCCGAUGCGCCCGUGCACCCUCCUGUCUCUGAGACCCACCCGUACGAGAACCAGGACCCCAAGAACAUGCCGGCGGACACCGAGUACAGCUGUGAGAUGGUGGACGGCGUCGUCCACGUCUUCAACAGGAAGAGUCCCACGGAGAAGGGUACUCUGCUGGACCUGCCCUACCCGGAUCUGAAGGAAUACAUCGCUGACAUGAACAUCAUGCUGGCCCUGAUCAUCAACGGACCUGUGAAGUCCUUCUGUUACCGGCGGUUACAGUACCUCAGCUCCAAAUUCCAGAUGCACAUCCUGCUGAACGAAAUGAAGGAGCUGGCUGCGCAGAAGAAAGUCCCUCACAGAGACUUCUACAACAUCCGCAAGGUGGACACGCACAUCCACGCCUCGUCCUGCAUGAACCAGAAGCACCUGCUGCGCUUUAUCAAGCGGGCCAUGAAGAAGUACCCCGGGGAGGUGGUGCACGUGGAGCGCGGCCACGGACAGACCCUCAUGGACGUGUUCGAGAACAUGAACCUGACCGCCUUCGACCUCAGCGUGGACACCCUGGACAUGCACGCCGACCGAAACACGUUCCACCGCUUCGACAAGUUCAAUGCUAAAUACAACCCCAUCGGAGAGUCCAUCCUGAGGGAGAUCUUCAUCAAGACUGACAACCACAUCGAGGGGAAAUACUUUGCCCACAUCAUCAAGGAGGUGAUGGAGGACCUGGAGGAGAGUAAAUACCAGAACUCUGAGCUGCGCCUGUCCAUCUACGGCCGCUCCCGGGACGAGUGGGACAAGCUGGCCAAGUGGGCCGUCAAACACGCCGUGUACUCGGACAACGUGCGCUGGCUCAUCCAGGUGCCCCGCCUCUUUGAUGUGUACCGAACCAAAAAGCAGCUGGCCAACUUCCAGGAGAUGCUGGAGAACAUCUUCCUGCCUCUGUUUGAAGUCACAGUCAACCCUCGCAGCAACCCAGAGCUCCACCUCUUCCUGCAGCAUGUGGUGGGCUUCGACAGCGUGGAUGACGAGUCCAAGCCAGAGCACCACGUCUUCAACAUGGACAGCCCCCAGCCGGCCCACUGGACGGCCGAGACCAACCCCCCUUACUCCUACUACCUCUACUACACCUACGCCAACAUGACCGUGCUCAACCACCUGCGCAGGAGGCGGGGCUUCCACACGUUUGUCCUGCGACCUCACUGCGGGGAGGCGGGGCCUAUUCAUCACCUGGUGUCGGGCUUCAUGUUGUCGGAGAACAUCUCCCACGGCCUGCUGCUCAGAAAGGCCCCUGUGCUGCAGUACCUGUACUACCUGGCCCAGAUCGGCAUCGCCAUGUCCCCGCUCAGCAACAACAGCCUGUUCCUCAGCUACCACCGCAACCCGCUGCCCGAGUACCUGUCCCGGGGCCUCAUGAUCUCCCUGUCCACCGACGACCCCCUGCAGUUCCACUUCACCAAGGAGCCUCUAAUGGAGGAGUACAGCAUCGCGGCCCAGGUGUGGAAGCUGAGCUCCUGCGACAUGUGCGAGCUGGCCCGGAACAGCGUCCUGAUGAGCGGGUUCUCACACAAGGCCAAGAGCUACUGGCUGGGGCCCAAGUACUCCAAGGAGGGCCCGGAGAGCAACGACAUCCGGCGCACCAACGUGCCGGACAUCCGCGUGGCGUACCGCAGCGAGACGCUGUCCGAGGAGCUGCACCUCAUCACGCACGCCGUCCGCAACCAGGAGCUGGACGCCAUCCAGGAGGAGGGCGACCCGCUCUCCAUGAACCCGCUGCCCGUACAGAGCUAGAGAGCGUCGACCCCCCCCCCCCCCCCCCCGACGCAAAGAGGCCGGAGAAUCUAAGCUAAUAUAUAUAUAAUCCCGUUCAACCCGUACUGAAUCUACCCCGACUCCUCCAGCUCUGAGCCGACAUCUUGCGUGUGUACCCCCCCGUACCCCCCCUCCCCCACACAUGACACACCCAGCCUGCUACAGCGGGCUCGUCCUGCGCAACCUACCUCUGAUCCCUGGAAACCCCUCCCGAGUUACAUCCUCCAUCCCCCACGGGACUGCACAGCCCAGCGGUUAGCAUAGGGCGCUAACGAGAGCCAAGGACGCAGGCAGCAGCAUGCUAACUCCCCCCGCCUCCCCCACAGUGCUUUACUCCCCCUCUCCCUCUCACCGUCCUCUCUGGCCGCCGCCGCCGCCGUGUGGAAACGACCCGAGGUCAAAAAGAAAAAAACAACAGCAUGCUGAAGUGGCCCUCGCUGGUGUGACCACCCCCCCCCCCCCCCCUCCCCCUCCUCCCCCCCCCCCCUCCCCCUCCUCCCCCCCCCCCCCCCCUCCUCCUCUCGUGUUUUUCGAUGAGUCACUGUGACGCGGCGAGCUUCAGUCCGUUAGCCUAGCUGAGGCUAAGGCACCAGGGAUCCACAGGAGCUGCGCCAUGCGUUUUGUAUGUAAUGCAUAACCAGAGCAGGGUGUGUUGGCUGACUAGCAGCACAGGACGCUACUGUUUCUCCGUAACCAUGUCUUUCUUCACUAUUUCGUCACUCACAUUUGGGCGAGUCCCGGGUUCCUGUGUCAGGGUGGCCAACUCCAGGGGGUUCUAUUCCGGGAUUAUUGUUCUUUCUUUGUUCGUUUUUCAACAGCGCUAUGAUCUCACGAGAUAUUCUCUCUAGAUCCAGGGACCAUUAUUGUCCGCAAAAUGUAUUCUUUAGUUUUCCUUAAUUUAGCUAAUUUGACAGAAUAGAACAGCAAUGGCUGCCGUAAGGCAGCCAUUGCCAUUGGGCCAUCCUGUAAUUCUCAGAAGUGUACAUCUUGUUCUUCAGUUUCAUCAACAUGGCCGUGGUGCAUACUGCGGGUACUUGAUUUAGCAAAAAGUGACGGACAUAGUUACGCCAUGCAAAUAACCAAUCAUUUCAAUUGGUUAUUUGUAUUGUCAAGGAAUGUUGUCGCUGGUGUUUGAGGAUGAAACCGGGCUUUGAUACUCUGACGCAACUACACAACUUUUGCCCAGAUGCAUAGGGUUUUAUUUCCUAUUUUCGGAAACAUUUAUUUAAAAAUGACUGCUCCUUAUCCCAGCACAAAAACAAAAGUCCACUGACUCACAACCCAAUAGGAGUUGUAUCCUCUCCAUGGAACGGCAUGUAUGUACUGUAUGUAUGUGUGUCGGUUAUCUAAUUACAGAAACACAUCGAAUAUAUACUUGAGAUGCACGCAAAAUCCUCUCUCACUCUCUCUAUGUCCCCAUACUAAGCCCGUCCUGAAAGCUGCUUAUUUUUCUGUUACGUAAUACGCUGCCUUAACACAUCCGUCCACCGUCCUGAGCCCCUUUACAGAGCCCCUGUCGACGAAUGGAGAUGUUGGGGGGGAGUUUGGGGGGGGUUUGUUGGCUUAAAAAGUCUUCCCUUGGUCGAUCACUCUCACUGUAGAGGUUCCUAAGCUUUAUUUUCCCGUCAAGCCCGGUCCAGUGACGGUCUUUCAUGUGGCUGUGCUGUGUGUCCGUGAUUCGCCGUUGGCGAAACUGCAGCAGGGAUGCUAAAAAGAAAAAAGUCGCACAAAAUCCAGAAAACAUGUCCGCCAACAUCCUGUGCUGAACCGCAAACAUUCCACGACAGCUUACUAAAAAAACGAAGAAAUCUCAAGUUAAAUAUGUUGAGCGUUUAGUUAAACCGAGUGUUCGUUCAUUUGGACAUGACACUGUGUCUGUAGUCGCUCAGCGAGCGAGUCUGCUGACCCAAAGAGUCACAGCUGAGCCUCACUGAGACAUUGAAGGCUGUAUUUGGCAGCAUUAGGAGGAGGAGGAGGCUUAGUAGGGAUGAGAGAUUCAACCAUCCCCUGCCAUUAUUACCUCCAAUAGAGGCACCUUUUGGGUCACAUUCAUCCCCUGGCUGGCCCCCCUUUGCCAGAGCUGUGCCAGGGCUGAGACAAACAGACUGACUAUAAGGUCUGAAUGGGCCCCCCCUGCAUGCAGUCCUCUGUACAUCCCCAGCCAGGACUUUCCCAGUGCCUUUUCAUUUGUAGCUUUCGCCCACUGAAAGCCCAGACAGUCUCUGUCUCUGUACCUGUCUACCGCUAUUUGUGUGUUUGUCUCCCGCUGCCUCCCUCGAUCUCUCUUUCUGUCUCUCACUCGCUCUCUGUACUGUCUUUUUUUUUUUUUUAAAGCAAACAGCGCUCGUGUUAUCUUCUGUAGUCCUCUGAAUGCCAGGUCCACUCAAUCCCCUCCUGGCUGCAUGCUUGGUGUGCAAUAUUUUACGGGAGAAAUAUAUAUCAUGGACAAGAACAAGGACGAAAGGAGAGUUUUUGUUUUUGCUGCGCUCAGUGUGUUCCGUUCCUCAUACUCAUACAGUGCAUGCCUGCAUGGUGGCCGGGGCGGGGAGGUGUGUGUGUUACAGUGAGGUGUGUGCGUUCAACGAGAUAUGUGUGUUCAGCGAGGUGUGUGUGUGUGUUCAACGAGGUGUGUGUGUUCAGGGGUCUGUCGUGUGAAAAGCACCUCUUGGGGAAACCCAGCGCUGCUGACCAGCUUACGUGUGACCGGAUAUGUUUGUAGUGAUUAUAUUUGUUCAAGAAAAGACUGAUGUAAAAAAGAUGAAAUAUAACUAUUCUUCUAGUAGAAAACGCACAGGCUGUACCGGGCCACCGUGGAGAAUGUUGCAUGGGUCGUGGUUUUAUCCCAGCCUCCCGCCCGAUCGACGGGAACGCCACAGCCAGACGUGAUAUUUUUGUAAGACGUGCUCACUCACAUGUUGUUCUCUCACCCAUCAUGUGCCGUAUCAUUUGAUGUUCCGCCGAGUUUCUGUUGACCUUUUAAAUACAAUUAUUGGACCUGACACUGGAGUGUAGAGAAGGUGACUGUACAGAAGGAUUCAAUAAUAAAGGAAAUAAACAUAAAUACAUCCUAAAAGAGCAGCGCUGCAGCUGUCCUGCUUUCACUUUUGUAGCGGUGUAGACGUUAACGAUAACAAACAAGCCAUUAAGAUGACAGACAGAGCCCCAUCUCUGUUGGGGAAAGUGUUUAGUGGAUGGGAUGGGGCUGGGGGGUUUAAUUUGUUCCCCAGACUCCUUGUACAGAGUGUAUUUUUUUAAAGGCUGUAGAGAUAAGACAUUUUAUAUAAAUGAUACGUAAACGUCUCGAUUUUAAACAUGACAUGUCAUAGACCAUUGUAUUGAAUUAAGGUAGUAAUUUCCUUAAUGGACUUUAAAGAAGGAUUUUGUUUCUCAAAAUUAUUGGAUCCCCAUGUCUCAACAAGUCUUUUACAAUUCCUGUAUAUUUGUCUAUUUAUUUCUGCUUCAUCCGUCUCUGCUCCUAGUUUUUUUUUUAAGUCCAUGCACCGAUGGAUAGUGCACUAUAACAAGCACUCUUAGUAGCUCUUUCAAAACAACAAAAUAUAUAUUCACACUGGUAUGUUGUGUGACAUUCACAUUGAGCCAUGAAAACAAUAUAACACAUUUACCACAUAAUAUUCUGCUUUAAAGGCCAUUUCUUGUACUUUAAGAUAGACGAGCUAGCUUUGCCCAUGGGGGAUCUCUACUUACACGACAUAACUUUUCAUAUAUAUAGUCCCUACAAAUGUUCACUUCAACUCAAAUUGGGCAGAAUUGAAAGCAUUUCAUUAUCUUCCCUCCUAGCUAUGAGGUUUUCCUGUAACUCGCUCAUUACUUGCCUACCCUUUGUAUUCUCUUUAGAAAUUGGACCUAGAUCAUAAUAAAUUAGAAGCAGCUUUAAAGGAGGGCUUAUUGAGUAAAGUUAAGGGGAUAAGGCAUACAUUAGUCGUAAUCUUUCAAAUGUGUGCUACAUGGCGCUACCUGUAUAAUACGGCUCAGGUAUAGCUUGGUUCAAGCCAUUUAAGUUCAACCAUCUCCCUUCAGAAGACACGUCCCUUGAUAGCGUCCUGCUCCUGCAGGGUCCACUUCCUGACAUGCUUUUGUUUUUCUUUGUAUUGUCCAGCAAAGUACCAAGCAGAGAGCAGAGUUUGUAGCAUAUUGUAGCCCAACCUCACAGAACCGUUGCCAUAUUGCUGCCCUGGUCUGUUGUCAGGAAGCAACAAUAAUGCUGCAUUGGGUUGAAUCAAAAGCACACUACACAAAUCAUUUACCAGAGGUUUUCAAAAUAACGAUAGAAUGAAAGUUUAAGAAUUUUAUUUCAAUCAUUACAUAAUCACUUACACUCACAUAUGCCCAUGUGCGCGCACACACACACACACACACACACACACACACACACACACACACACACACACACACACACACACACACACACACACUGUUGCACUGUUUAAAUAAGUUUAAUUUCUCUGCAUCCCUUGAAAUAGUUACAACGUGUACCAUGUAUUUGAACAUGCAUUUCACAAGACAUUCACUACAAGCACCUUUAAUGUGCGUUCACACCAAAAGCUGUAAAGCGAUUGGAGCGAUAAAACGCUUGAGCGAUAGCUAAAGCUGUAAAGCUGUAAAUGAGAGUUGAAAACAGCUCAACUCCAUGCAAAUGAGCUAGUAGCGUUUCGGCUGUAAAUGACCGCCAGUCAAUCGGAAUGUAGAUGUCUCUCGUCGGUGUGGGUCCCAGUAAACAUACGCGAGAAAACGCAAGAGCGAUAUGAGCUGUCAAUAUUUUGGACGGCGUUGCGUUUUGAGCUAUUUUGCGAUUUUGCAUCUUUUACAGCUUUUGGUGUGAACGUACAGUAAUGCUCACAAAAAUUAUUAAUCAAGCAUUUUUCAUAACGCAUCUUUAUUUUCGAACAUUAUUGUUUUUUUCUUGUUGACAGGAAACGAUGCCUAGAUUUAUAUUAUGUGUUUUGUGUUUUAUCAUCAAGGCCCGACUAUAAUUGCCAGUGUUUUAUAAAGUGACAUGCUUCUGGUAUGGUUGACGUGUAAUGUCCGAGGAAUGAAAUAAAGCAUGUUUAGUCAAUGAA